GUAACGGAGACGUCAGUUCGCUUCACGCUUUUGUUGUCUUCAGUGCUCUGAGAUUCAGUAAAUUGUUUCGAGUGGCGCCGACAGUUUUAUAGUCCCAAGAAAAGUUCAGUCUUUUAUUGCCGAGAGUAGAAUUUUAAGUAGCUGCGUAAAUAUACAGCAGCGAAAUGGACAAUACUACUGUUAGAGGCUGCGGAAAUAUUAAAGAAGAUUUUACAAACUUAUGUGACUUGGACGCUUUAUGGGGAAUAAUUGUAACUGGUCUUGCUGCUUUGGGCCUAGUUCUUACGUUCGUUUUUACAGUUGUGUUUUCUGUUAAUCUGAAACGCUACGUCAGGCACCAACGUCAUCGCUACUCUACGCUGCUGUACUUCGUUCUGUUGGGGGUGUUUCUACUUUUUGCUUUUUCCAUAGCUUUUGUAGUGAAGCCUUCAGUUAUUGUUUGUUACCUAAGACGUAUUGGGUUUGGUAUGGCUGGUGUAGUGGUGGUAGCCCCACUGUUUGUGGGUAUUACACGAACAUGGAGAAUGUCGUAUCUAGACGAGCUAAGGUGUGGGCUUUUGGCCGUUUCAGCUGCAUGUCUAAUGCUUGUCGAGGCGAUCAUUUUAGCCGAAUGGAACAUUUUGAAACAGCCUGUACUCGCAAACGGUAGAUGCGAGGUACAAGACAGAGAUUUGGUGUACUCUGCUUCGUACAACGGGUUUAUUUUGAUUCUGUUCUUUCUUAGCACGCUGGUGGCGUGUUGUAAAAGGGACCACGACGUAUCAACUAGGAAGAGGUUAUCCGGUUUCGUCAUAAGCUGUUUAGUGACGUCAAUCGUGCUCAUUCUUCUUUCCGCUGCCUGGGCGGCCAUGUUAUGUUACGGCAACGAAAAACUUGGACACGCAACGGACUGGUCAGACCCUACUACUGCAAUGUUUAUGGUGGUAAGCGGUCUUUUCGUUUUGAUCGUUAUUUUUUCACCAAUCGUUCACACCAUGAGAAGAAUAUACAGUGAUCGUAAUCACGAUUUUCAUAUGAGUGACCUGCACAGUCAUAACCGGGGUUCGUAUGAAAAAGCUACUUCACAUUCUACACUGCCAACUACUGAUCAUAUGAGUGGGUCAUUCGGAGGAAUUGAUGAUUUUGAACGGCCUAGGAGUUUCCGAACUCAGGAACAGAACGUAGUGGUAAUGAGCCCACUGUCCGAUACAAAACCUGUCCCAACCAAGCGAAACGGAAUGAAUUACAGAGUCGACAGAGUCCGUCCACCAACGGGGGGUAGAACUAAUCCUUCAUUAGUUUUAAACGAAGAAGAUGUUGUACGCGGUCGCUACUGAUAAGGCGAGCGUGUGGUUUAUGAUUGACCAACCAUACGCCUCCGACUUUAAUACAAGGCGCAGAAUCACGCGUUUUUAGAGUUUACAUGAAAAAGGCGUGAUUCAACCCAUAUUACAACCUUUCAAUGCAGUUUUGCCAAAUUAACAAUCGUGUAUUGGUAUGUAUUCCUAUAGGAAAAUGCCAUUUCUGUUUUCGUUGUUGAAAUUGAGAAAUUGGUAUCACGAUGGUAUAAACUUUAUUUUCAGUUAUUUUCUUUCUUUACUUUGCAUUUUAUAAAAGAUUUCAGCACAGGUUGUUUUGGGUUAAUUGUAUUACAGUGGUAAACAAUAACUACACAAGCAUAAUGACGCUAGCGUGAAUGCGCUUAAUUUUUAAUGAUUUUCCAUUAAAACUUGUAUUAUUGUAUUAUACAUAUAUUACUUUGCUUGCCAAGAUGCUAUUGUAUUUUAUGUAAUUUUGCAAUAAAUAACAUGUGACAAAAUACA